AUGCGUGUUCAUACUGGAGAAAAACCUCAUCUGUGCGAGAUAUGUAACAAAACGUUUAGAUAUAAGAGUGCUUUAAGCACACAUAUGCUGACUCACACGGGUUAUAAACCUUACAUAUGUGAGGUUUGUAAUGCAUCAUUUGGGAAAAAGAGCAAUUUAAACAGACAUAUGUUUAUUCACACAGAAGAGAAACCUCAUGUAUGUGAGGUAUGCAACAAAGCAUUAAGUCAAAAGUGUAAAUUAAAUGAGCAUAUGCUUUUACACACAGGAGUGAAACCUCAUGUUUGUGAGGUCUGUAAAAUGUCAUUUAGACAAAACACUGAUUUAAACAGCCACAUGUUUAUUCACACAGGAGAGAGACCUCAUAUGUGUCAGGUCUGUAAAAAGUCAUUUAGACGAAAUACUGAUUUAAACAAGCACAUGGUUAUUCACACUCAAGAAAAAUCUCAUGUGUGUGAGGUCUGUAAAAAGGCAUUUAGACGAAGCACAGAUUUAAUCAACCACUUGUUUAUUCACACAGGAGAAAAACCUCAUAUGUGUAAGGUCUGUAAUAAGUCAUUUAGACGAAACAGUGAUUUAAACAGCCACAUGUUUAUUCACACAGGAGAGAAACGUUAUAUGUGCAAGGUAUGUAGCAAAUCAUUUAGUCAAAAGACUAAUUUAAAUGUGCACAUGCUUUUACACACAGGAGAAAAACCUCAUGUGUGUGAGAUAUGCAGCAGAUCAUUCAGAAAAAAGAUUGAUCUAAGCGGGCAUCUGCUUGUUCACACAGGAGAGAAACCUUAUGUAUGUGAAGUAUGCAAUAAAUCAUUUAGUAGAAAAUCUAAUUUAAAGAGACAUGUACUUACACACAGAAGAAAGGCCUUAUGUGUGUGA